AUACAAAACAUGGAACUAGCACACGAAAUUGCCUUGAAUCCAGAGUUUAAAUUGCAACCUUAUGAACCACCGGAGAACAGGUAUACCAACACAAUAAUUAAUAAUAUAAGUAAAUCCAGUGUUGAAAUUAAGGAAUGUUUUCCACAAAUUUUAACGCAGAACAAUAAACUCAUACUGGAUCAAAUUAAUGAGAUUUUGGACGAAUCUGUUAUUCGCCAGCAAGCCGAGAAGGGUGUACUCGACUUUAAAUCAUAUGCCGAUUUUAUUAUUAAAAUCAUGGGUAAAUCAUGUGCACCAGCCAGAGAUGACGACAUUAAGAAGCUUACACAAAUCGAAGAUGUAGUUGAUAUGUUCAAAGGCAUUUUGGAUACAAUGGCUCUCAUGAAAUUGGACAUGGCUAAUUUCCUAUUAGACUUCUCCCGAAAUGCUAUUAUGGCAAACUCAGUGGAGUAUGAGAAACAGAAAUUUAAUGAAUAUUUGGAAUAUUAUAAAUUUGGCUUUCCCGCAACGGAAAACUGGCUUCAACGCAAUCUCUCUCCCACCUCAAGUGGCACAUCUGUAACUGCAGAUCAAGCUAUGUCCAAUGCCUAUAUGGAACUAAUGGAUUGGCAGGAGAAUAUUGAUUUCCCCGAAAUUCUAUCCACAGACAAGGAUCGCAUUCUCAAAUUGGGUCAACGGGCCAAACGUUUAUGUGUCGCAGCAUCACUGAUAUCCAUUUGUUCAGCAGUGCCUAUUAUAUCUCAGCGUUCAGAAAAUCGAAUUGAAUUAGCUAAACAAAUUGAAAUACUGCUACAAAGUGUUACAAAUGAAAAAGAUAUAUCAGAGAUUAUUGAUAAUAUUUGGGAACAAAUAAAAACAGUAAUCAACAAAUAUUUACAAAAAGAGAAUCAAUCAGCAAUGGACUCAGAAGUGGAGACCAUGAUUCGAAUGCAAGUAAAGCAAAUAGCAAAUAGGGAUGCUCCAGUACGACAACUAAUGUGGAAACGUUUUCAGACUUAUUUUCGACUGGCACUUCGUUCUAAGGGCGGAUUACCACCUCCACCCCCAGGCUACGUAGAUUUUAAAGAUGAACUUGAAUCCUACACCACUGCCCUUAAGCGUGUAAUAGCCUAUAAUCACUCUGUAUUUGGUGAAUAUUUUUUGCAAAUACUCACGCAGCGUCAAAAUGAAACAAACAAUGAUAGUAUUCGUGCUAGUGCAGAUGCUACCACUGAUGCCGGACCUUCCACCUCACAGCAAUGA